GCCCGGCCGGCCCGGGCGCACUCGGCCCGGCGCCGCCCAGCAGCCGCCGCAGGGCGCCAGGGGCGGCGGCGCCGCUGCCCGGGAGCCCCCGCCAUGCCGCGCCGCUCCUGAGCGCGCAGCCCCGCCGCGGCCGCCCCGUCGGAAGUUUGGGGAAGGCGGGGGGGGCGGGUGAGAGGCGGCGCGGCCGCAUGCCCGCCGCGGACCCCGGCGCUCGGCGCGACCAGGUCCUGCUAGCAAGUCAUGAUGGUUGAAUCUGCCUCGGAGACGAUACGCUCCGCUCCUGCCAGCCAGAACGGGGUCAGCAGCCUCAGCAACCAGCCCGAUGGCGGCGGGGGCGGCGGAGGGGCCGGGGGGCGCGAAGGAGCCGCCAGCGGGGAGACCAACGGCGAGAUGAGCCCCGUGGAGCUCCUGCACUUCCAGCAGCAGCAGGCUCUGCAGGUGGCUCGGCAGUUCCUGCUGCAGCAGGCCACGGGGCUCAGCUCCCCCAGCAGCACCGAGGGCAAGCAGCCGGCCGUGCAGGUCCCCGUGUCCGUGGCCAUGAUGUCCCCGCAGAUGAUCACGCCGCAGCAGAUGCAGCAGAUCCUGUCGCCGCCCCAGCUCCAGGCGCUCCUGCAGCAGCAGCAGGCGAUAAUGCUGCAACAGCUGCAGGAAUACUACAAGAAGCAACAGGAGCAGCUUCACCUGCAGCUGUUGACGCAGCAGCAAGCCGGAAAGCAGCAACCCAAAGAGCCGUUAGGGAACAAGCAGCUGGCCUUCCAGCAGCAGCUCCUGCAGAUGCAGCAGCUCCAGCAGCAGCACCUGUUAAACCUGCAGCGCCAGGGGCUGGUGAGCCUCCCCCCGGGCCAGGGCACCGUGCCCCUGCAGACCCUGCCCCAAGCUGUGUGCCCCUCGGACCUCCAGCAGCUCUGGAAGGAGGUCACGGCCGCCCAGCCCGUCGAGGACAGCAUCAAGCAAGAAGGUCUCGACCUCACCACCAACACCUCCAACUCUACCUCGUUUUCGGCCGCCAAGGUCUCGCCUCCCAUUUCCCAUCACCCUCUGCCCAAUGGACAGAGCACCAUGCACACGCCGAGAAGGGACAGCUCUUCCCACGAAGAGACCCCCAGCUCCCACCCACUCUACGGCCACGGAGAGUGCAAGUGGCCUGGCUGCGAAACCCUCUGUGAGGACUUGGGACAGUUUGUCAAACACCUCAAUACAGAACAUGCACUUGACGACCGCAGCACAGCCCAGUGUCGAGUCCAGAUGCAAGUGGUACAGCAGCUGGAAAUACAGCUGGCGAAGGAGAGCGAGCGUCUCCAAGCGAUGAUGGCCCAUCUUCACAUGAGACCUUCAGAGCCAAAGCCUUUCAGCCAGCCUCUGAACCUGGUCUCCAGUGCCACCCUCUCCAAGAGCACUUCCGACACGUUCCCCGACGGUUUACCUCAUCCCCCCACCUCUGCCACGGCGCCCAUCACCCCCCUGCGGCAGGGCCCCUCCGUCAUCAGCUCUUCCACUCUACACAACGUGGGACCCAUCCGCAGGAGAAACUCGGAGAAGUUCUGCACCCCAAUAUCUUCAGAACUCGCACAGAAUCACGAGUUUUACAAAAACGCAGAUGUCCGGCCGCCCUUCACGUACGCCUCGCUCAUCCGGCAGGCCAUCCUGGAGACCCCCGACAGGCAGCUAACGUUGAACGAAAUCUAUAACUGGUUCACGCGGAUGUUCGCCUACUUCCGGAGGAACACGGCCACCUGGAAGAACGCCGUCCGCCACAACCUCAGCCUGCACAAGUGCUUCGUGCGCGUGGAGAACGUCAAGGGAGCCGUCUGGACCGUCGACGAGCACGAGUACCAAAAGCGAAGGCCACCAAAGAUGACAGGGAGUCCGACUUUAGUCAAAAACAUGAUUUCAGGACUCGGUUACGGAGCACUUAAUGCAAGUUACCAGGCGGCGCUGGCAGAGAGCAGCUUCCCGCUGCUCAACAGCCCCACCAUGAUCAACACCAGCUCGGCCAGCGCCAUGCUGCACGUGGGCCACGACGACGUGAGCAGCACCGUGGAGCAGGUCAACAGCAACGGCAGCAACAGCCCGCGCCUGUCCCCGCAGCAGUACAGCCACCCAGUGCACGUGAAGGAGGAACCAGCCGAGGCCGAGGAUGACAGCAGACCUGUCUCGCUGAUGGCCACCACCAACCAGAAUGUGACGAUUCCUGACGACAGGGACCUGGAGGAGGAGCUGCCAGUGGAAGACUUGUCCUAAGGACCCCUUCCUCCUCCCCACCGCGGGGAAACCCUUCCCACCCUCCCGGCCGGAGACCAAGCGACAGCUCCCACCUCCCCAAGGUGACCUUCGGCGUUCACCUGUUUUCUAAAGGCACUUCACAAAGCAAAAGGGUUUCCUUGGUGCAACAACCUGUUGCUGUCGGCGCAUCCCUUCCACCCCCCACUGCCCCACACCACGGCUCCGGUGACUGACCGACCCUUGCCGCAGGGACAUCCCGCGACAUGAGAAGCAAAAACCCAAGAGCUGGACUUUUUCCUCCCCUUCUUCCUUGGUUAGUGACUGGUGAACGAGGAUGGUAGGUUGUUUCUGUCCGAAAUGGUCCCUCCUUCCUCCCCUGUGCGCGGUGGGCACGGGAGAGGCAGCUCCAAGCCCUCUUCCCAGCGAUGCUCCAGCCUCCAGUGACCGCCCGGGAGGGAAGGCGAUGGCAGGGACCCGCUGUCACCUCUCCGUGCCUGGUGGGUUUUGCACUAGGAGGGACUGUGGACCCUGCCCACACGCUGCCUCCACCCAGCUUUGGGGGAAGAAACAGCAGAAAUGGGGGCGAGUCCUCUGCCAUGGCCUGGAUGUCGGGCUCGCACCGUUGUCUCGUGCUGGGAAAGGAUGAGGACUGGCGUGUCGGUGGGCCUGUGUCCCCUUGGCUGUGUCACCUCCGGCAGGUUGUUAAACCCCCAGCAAGCAGAGCAGCCCACACCGGGUUUGCCACCUUCCCCGAGCCCCCCGGUCCCCACUGGUGGGGCAGCUGGUGACACCCAGCAGCGAUGACCGUCCCCAGCUGGCCACCAGCACCAGGCAGCAAGGACAUGUCCCUGCGUCCUUCUCUGUGUCAGCUGCAGUGGGUGUCACCUCUCCCAGCCCACAGGGGGUGGCCAGUGGCUCCCGGUGCCACACGUGCCCGGUUCCUCCACCGAAGCCGGGCAGGGGCUCCGAGGCACCGAUGCGGGUGACAAAGCCAACCCCGCUGAAACCUCGUGGCGGCCAAACGUGGCCGUGGCCAGCGAGCAGCGCCUGCUGCCGCGAGGGCUCCACUUUCAUCUUUGCGUUAUCCUUUUGCGUGUGUGUGCAUCCAGAUGGGAAGAUACCAAAAGAUUUCUCGAGACAGAAGGUCCAUAGUUCAGGAGAACAGAUGGUAUUAAUGCCAAAAAAAAAAAAUAAUAACGAGAAGAACACACCCAAGCAGCCCUCUGCUCCCUGCUCCUUCUUUCCGUGGUGGUGACGUGGGUACCAGCGCUGGCUCAUCCCAGCCGCAGCUGUAGCCUCCCCAGUGUCCUGUGCUGGCCCCGGGGACCAGCAGCAUCUGGGUGCCCUGGCACGCACCGGGCUCUGGGGGGACUUGCUGUGGUAGACAUGGAGCUGCUCUCAUUGUUGAGCCCAGCUCGGGGCUCCCCCAGAGCGCUGCUGCGUCCCUGCCUGUCCCUGUCCCCGGGUUGGGAUGGUGGCAGCUGGGGCUGUGUCACUGCCCAGCACACGGUCCCCUGCCCCAGAUCCUGGUGCCAGCACCCCUGGAGCUGCGUUUUGGGUUGAAAAUGCAAUAUGCAGCUUUGAGCCGGGGGUUGUGUGCUUGUUUGUCCACAUGCGUCCCCUGUGUGAUGGCCCUGGGGACACCUGUACCUCAGCUCGUCCCAGCGCAUCCUUCUCGCUGCCCGUUGCAUCUUCAGUGCCUGCAGAAACGGGGGGUCCCUGGCUCCCCCGCAGCCACCAGUGAGGCUGAGCAAGGCGCCCCGCCAUGCCCCUCCGCUGCCCCGGCACCAUCCAGGGGAUGCCGAGACCCUUGGGGAGCAGCACUGGGGCCAUUAAUGGGGUUCACCAUCACCCAUGGCUGGUGCUGCAAAGGGGCCCUUUUAUCUUGCUAAAAACCCAGAAAAUCAUGCACAACCUGGUGCCCCAGCCCACACGUGUGCAGCCGUGGGUGCUGUGUGCCGUGGGUGCUGUGUGGCAUGGGUGCUGUGUGGCGUGGGCGCUGUGUGCCGGGGCACUCAGUGCUGUGCUUGGUGCCGUGCCGAUCCGUGCUGGCCCUCGCUAGGUGUCUCCACUCGCCCCGUGUGUCCCGCAGCCGCUCGCUCGUCUGCUGCCGUGUCAGGGUGAGGAGGUUCUCCAGCCGCCGCGGCCCCGCCGGGCUCUGCCGGACUCCGAAGCCCUUGCCCUGGCUGGGGUGUGAACCGAACCCCGUCCCUUGCAGUCUGGUGCAGCCCUGUCCCCUUGUACCUCCAAAGCACCAGGGGGGCCGCAGCCAUCCUGUACUUCCCCUACUUGCUUUCCUUUUCCCUUUUUUUUGUUUUUUUUUUUUUCUUUUUUGGUCUUUCGAUGUUAAGUUAUUGUUUCACACAGGUUUACAGCUGCGGGGUGGGUGUUGCUGGUGUCGCACGUUGCUGCUUUACCUGUGUGGAGGAGCGGGGAGCUGCUCGGGGUGUGGGGGCGCAGCCCCUCGGCAGGAUCCCCUGCCCCAUCAGGCUUUUGGGUUUUUGCUUUGCAUGUCCCCACUGGGGGACAAUUGUGCCUCUUAGGGCAGCGCCAGCACCCGGUGUCACCUGCGUGCUCCAGCGUGUCCGGGAGGACACCCCGGUGUCCCUGGGGAGGGAACGACCUGGCCGUGUACUGGGAGUGACCUGGUUUGUACUGGUGUCAUCGUCCUUCCGCAGAGGGGGAGGUUUUGCAGCCCAGUGCUGUGGGCGCUCGGGAGCUCGCUGGGCUGCGGGGACCCCCCGCUGUUUCAGGGGUGUUUCAGCAGCUGCUCCCCUUGGUUUGCUCCUCCUGGGUCCUUUCCCUCCUCUUCCACCUGCUCUUCAAGUCUAAUUUCUUAGCAGCUCGCAGCCCCCCGUUGUUUCACAUACGGUUCAGCCAAACCCCCGGCGUGCCCGGCGCUGGCGACCCCCCCAGCGACCCCACGGGUCCCGCUUGCGGGGUGAUUUAUAGUUUUUUAAGCUUUUCCAGAGGUACUGACAUCCCCGCGACGGCUCCCGGGGCGGGACGAGCCGUGUGCCCCCGCGGCUGCAGCCAAACUCCCCACCGCCGGCGCCCCCAGCCCCACGGGCCAGCCUGGCGCCUUCCCCUCCGCGCUGGACAUUGCCGUAGGUCCUCAGCUGCCAUCCUGGCUCCCAAGAGCACUAUAUAUAUAUAUAUUAUAUAUAUAUAAAUAAAUAUAUAAAUAUAAAGGAGGGUUUGUUUUUUACACACGUGCACAGGUUUGGAAAGUCCUGUGGCUCCGGGUGGUGCUUCGGUUGCUGAAACGGGAAUCACGAGGGGUGAUUUGGUGAGAAACGCGCCCGCUUUGGUACUCAGGGGUGAAUGUAAGUGGUUCUCUCGCCGCCGCGGCCCGGCCCAUCCGCGCGCGGCUCCCGCGGCCCCGGUGGCGCCUGCGCCCCGUCCCUCACCCUCCGCUUUAGCUUUGCUGGUUUGGAUUUUACAGGAUUCUGCAUGUGUUACCUCAAACGCGCGCUGGGCGGGGGGGAGAAGGAUAAAGGACCAAACGCAACGUGUGGCGGAGUUGUAUGUCUGUAUAUACUGAGAUAUAUAUAUACUGGGUUUAAACCUACCAACACCAAUUGUUCUUUUUGGUUUGUUUCUGUUUUCUUUGUUUUACUGCCUGUUUCUUUCCCCCGGGGCAGUUCCGCCAGGGGCAGGUUUGAGCACCUCUCUGAGUAAAGGCGUUUUUCCAGUGUCUCCCACUGAAGGAA